AUGAAGGAAGGAGACACAGACACACAGGAAUUAAGAGAGAAACAGACACAACUAGAUUAAGAGAAACUCUCAUGAUCUUUCAUUAAACCAAAAUGGAGCGAAAAACAUUUAUCACUCUUAUUCUCUCAGCUGUCUUCAGCUCAUCUGCAUGUGUUCCACGUCAGUAUCACUUUGUGAAUAAGAAACUGACCUGGACUGAAGCUCAGAGAAACUGCAGAGAGGAUUACACAGAUCUUGCCACCAUCAACAACAAGAACGACAUAGAAGAGCUGCUGAAGAGUGUGAAUGAUGAUCAGAUUCAGCAUGUCUGGAUUGGACUGCAGAAGACCGUCAGUUAUAAAUGGAAAUGGUCUCUGGGUGACCCUGCGUUCUACACAGGAAAUAAUUCACAGUAUCGCAACUGGGUACAGGGAAAACCGAAUGGUGAUGGUGACUGUAGUAACAUGAAUCCUGGAGAAUGGAAUGAUAAUACUUGUGCUAAUAUCUUACCUUUCAUAUGUUACAGUGACAGCAGUAAAGGAUACAUCCCUGUACAUCAAAAUAUGACAUGGAGAGAUGCUCAGAAUUACUGCAGAAAGUAUCACACAGAUCUGGUCAGUGUGAGGAACCAGACUGAGAAUCAACAGAUUGAGAAGAUCAGGAAUGAUGCACACAUAACAGAUGGAGUCUGGAUCGGUCUGUUCAGAGACUCAUGGGAGUGGUCAGAUCAGAGUGACUCCUCAUUCAGAAACUGGAUGACAAACAAACCUGAUAAUUAUGGGGGCAAUGAAAACUGUGCAGUGGUUGGGGUCAAGUCAGACCAUGGACAAUGGGAUGACUGGGAGUGUGAUAUAAAAACUCAGUUUGUCUGUCAUGAAGAUAAACUGGUUUUGGUUAAACAGAAUCUGAGCUGGAAUGAAGCUCUGAAAUACUGCAGAGAGAAUCAUGUGGAUCUGGUGUCAGUUCACUCUGAACAGAUUCAGCGUCGUGUGAUGAAUGUGGCUAGAAAAGCCUUCACUGCUGAAGUGUGGUUGGGUCUACGUCACUCCUGCACUCUGGGCAUCUGGUUUUGGGUGAAUGGAGAGAUCUUGUGUUAUCAGAACUGGGCUGCAGGUCACGGGACAGGAGUGGAAAACUGCAGUGAUGCUGUGAGAGUUGGAGCAGUUCAGUCUGGAGGAGAUCAGCGCUGGGUCAGCCUUCCUCAAACUGACAAACUCAACUUCAUCUGCACCAGCUAUGACUGAAUCAAGCUGCAUUUCAUCAUCUCUACCACCAUCAGUGGAGCCACAUCUUUGUGUUUGAUGUUUAUUGUUAAUCUUUAUUUAAUGUAUUUGUUUAUUAGAGUGUAAUAAGUGUACUUUAUAUGAUCAAAAAUCUUGUGCUUGUGUGCGUACAUUCUAUUUUUCUUUUUGUGGAUUUGGGGAGGACAUAUAUUAUUCAUAUAUUAAUCUUAUUUCUAUGCAAGUAGUAUUGUCAAUGAAGCCUUUAAAUGUCACACAGGUAAAUCCAGCAGAUCCUCUCACUGAUCAACUUCGUGAUUCAUCAAAAUUUCUGUAUUGAUAUUCUAUUCAAUAUUUAUGCAUUUUUCAUUUCAGUUUGGGGUAUUUUGUGUCUUUAGCACAUUUGAAUUAUGGGUAAAUAAAUAUCUUAAAUUACAGAGAGAAUGUCAUAUUUUUGCAUUUAUUAUAUUAUUAUUAUUAUUAUUAUUAUUAUUAUUAUUAUUUCAGUUUAUGCUUGUCAUGUACCUAAUUAUAAUUGUUUUUGUAUGGAGCAGUGUCGCACUGCUCCCCACCCCCCACCACCUCCCCUCAAAAAAAAAUUAAAAAAAAAAGGAAAAAAAAGGUGGCUUACGCUGACAUUUUAAUGCGGCAAGAUGAGGCAUAAAUCAUGGUAAAGAGCAUAUCACAUGCUCGGAAGUUAAUACUUGUAUUUCUGUCUUAAGGCCCUUUCAAAGCAAAUGUGAAUUUGCCCAUUGAAGAUUAUUUUCUGGUUGUCUAGAGUUUUUUUUUUUUUCCAUGCCUGAAACCUCACUGACUAAUGAAAUGUAAGCUUUGCAUUAUGUGCAUGGAGCUGAUCACAAAUAAACCCAUCU